AUGCCGACCCCCGAGUCCGAGAUGUUCCUGGCCCAGAAGCCCAAGGUCCCGCCGACGUUCGACGGCGUCGACUACGACGACACCAAGGCGUUCAAGCAGGCACAGGACGCCAUCAUCCGCGAGCAAUGGGUCGGCGCCAUGAUGUUGCGUCUCGUCGGCGAGGAGUUGGGCAAGUGCUACAAGAAGGAGGGUGUCAACCACUUGGAGAAGUGCGGCCACCUGAGGGAAAAGUACCUUGAGCUGUUGAAGGAGAAGAAGGUCAAGGGCACACUGUUCCAGCAGCAGAACUACAUCACCAAGCAGGCAUGA